AUGAACAAAACAAUUGAGGAAAGAAACCAGUCUAUGAGGAGAAGGAUGCUCGAUCUUCAGGAAAUAUGUAUAGGUCCAAUGCCUACGGAUUCCCCGUGGGUUAGACCUGUACGAAUGCAUUACCUGCAAGAUGGUCAGUCGAAAGUGUGGGAUCUUAUGAGAGCUCACGAUAGCGUGAGUAUCAUUGUCUUCAAUAUAAGUCGGAAGAAGCUUGUUUUUGUCAGACAAUUCCGUCCUGCUACAUAUUACUCUUGCCUGCCGGAGAGGAAGGACGUGGUGGACUUGAAUCAAUAUCCACCGAGCUUAGGCCUGAGUUUGGAACUCUGUGACGGUAUCGUUGACAAGGAUAAACCUGUCGUUGAAAUUGCGAGAGAUGAAUUGAGAGAAGAGUGUGGGUAUGAGGCGCCAACUUCGGCGUUCACUAAGGUUCUGACUUACAGAUCCCAGGGACCGACUGCAGCUAAGCAAACUGUUUUCUAUGUUGAAGUUACAGAUGACAUGCACAUUCAUCCAGGAGGGGGUGCUGAAGCAGAAGGUGAACUGAUCGAAGUGGUUGAAAUGAGCAUUCCAGAGGCAAAGGCAUACAUCAAUUCAGAUGAAGUUCAGAGUCCUCCAGACUUUCUGUUUGGGGUAUCCUGGUUCCUGGCACAUAAACUUGACCAUUACUCUUAGUAUUUAGUCUUCCAUUUAGCAGUUGCACCAAAUAAAGGAAAUGUAUUAAAGCUAAA